CACACACACACACACACACAGAGGCAGAGAAGAUUCUGGAACGAGAGGAGUCCCGAGUGGUGCCCUGGCUUCGGUGAGGUGCCGUGUCCAGGGGCGGAGGUCGAGAGACAGACGCUGCUGUUGAAAGACAUUUGGGAAGGGCGAGGAAAACUGCCAGUGACUUGAAAGAGCCCUUUUCCUGAUGGCUAAUGUUUGGUUUAUAUGUGUGUGUGUGUGUGUGUGUGUGUGUGUGUGUGUGUGUGUGUAAGGUCAUGGUGGGAUUCACAAAUACUUGUAUGCCUGUCUGUGUUGGAUCGGUACCAAGGUAAAUCUAGGUAUGGGGGAACUCGCUUAAUAGAUGAAAUGACAGAUCUCAAUGAAUUCUUCCUAUUUAGUUGCCUGCAAUGAAAUUAUGUUUUUUUUUUUCUUUCUUAAUUUAUGAUUUUUUUUUUAAUUAGUUGGAGACACUACUGCUAUUUUUUAUCUGUGUGAAAGCUGAAUGGAUUGUGCAAUAAAUCUUAAUUUCGUGUUUGACUUUGAUUUUUCAUCAUUAUGUUUGUUUCAGAUGUGACUAUUGAUUUAUUUUUCUGUUUCUUGUUGAUCUUGUGAUUUUAAAAAGACCCUUUAACCUGUUUUGUGCUGCACAUGUAUCUGUAUAUUCAUCACUCACAAUAAGACACUGGCUUCUGUAGUACCCUGUUAAAUCACAGAGUAUAGCAGCUUUUUUUUUUAAUCUAAUACUGUAUUUUCUGGUGACGGACAGAAAAAAAGAUAACCUAAUGUAAAUUGUAAAUAAGGACUUUAAAUCUGUACCAUAUGGCACAUUGUGACUGUUGCUACAUUUUACAACUAAUAAAGUUUUAUUUACCAUACACGCAUCACGAAAAAGCCAUUUGUUUGUGUCUGAAGUCGUGAUUGAAAUCCUUGAAAUCAGUUUGAGUGAGUGAGUGGUGUGGUAACAUGCUAGCGUAAAUGGAAGCUAUUUUCCUGCCCGAAGUAAUAACCAGACUGUCUUCCAGUAAUCAACAUUCUGUAGAAAAUAUUCAACAUAAUCUUUGUGGUUUAACGAAUUCCAUGCACCGGUAGUGUCGCACCAAAAGGCUGCACGUUACACUGCAAUAGGUUUUUUUUUUUCCCUCCAAGAAGCAAGCACCCUACUAACCGAUUUAAUUACUUGGAAUUGGAAGCUGGUAUUGUACGGUAGGUGGCAGCAGUGAACAUACUAGCAGUGCGCAUUUAAGUGAUGUGAAAUGUGACGCUCGUCCGAAAAAACAUACGCCUUACCGCGGGCGUGCUUAAUGCCAACUACCACUAUACAACGCCAGUUCCGCAGAUCCACGGGCAGAUGAGCAGGCCCUGAGCCGCAAGUUUGUAUCAUUCCGUUUGGGUUUAGUGAGUUCAACAGUUGGCAGUGAGUUCCAGACUUUGGGAUAACAGUUGAGCUGCAGAGGACAACUCCGCUUCGCCACUGAAACUACUUUUACUUGUCUUGUUACUGUCACAUCUCUGCGUCUCUGAAGGAUGUACCACAUAAUGGCAGAGAUUCUAACCCAGAGGAGAAGGAUUCUGGAUGUGUUUUACGUGUAUCUAACUGUAUCUGUGGCGUACUCCUACAACAUUGACUUGCAACAUCCCAGCGUGUUUCGCGGUCCAAACGGGACCUUUUUUGGAUAUUCGGUCCUGGAGCACUUCCACGACAAUACGCGCUGGAUCCUGGUUGGAGCUCCCAGGGCGAACUCGUCCUACAGCAGCUCAGUGCACUCCCCAGGAGCCGUGUUCAAGUGUCGCGUCCACAGCAACCCGGAGCGCCGAUGCACAGAGAUGGACCUAGGCAGGGGGAACAAGCAGAGGGAGUCGUGUGGGAAGACUUGCCAGGGCGACCGGGACGACGAGUGGAUGGGCGUUAGCUUGGCAAGGCAGGACAAGCCCAACGGGAAAGUGCUGGCCUGUGCCCACCGCUGGAAGAACGUCUACUACAAGUCUGAGCACAUCCUCCCCCACGGGUACUGUUCCAUCAUCCCCUCCACCCUCCAGGGCCCCACCCAGCCCCUCACCCCCUGCUACGAAGACUAUAAGAAGACGUACGGGGAGGAGCACGGCUCGUGCCAAGCGGGGAUAGCAGGCGUCUUUACAGAGGAGCUGGUGGUGAUGGGCGCUCCAGGGUCGUACUACUGGACCGGGACAGUGAAGGUGUUCAACGUGUCCUCCAAUACGCUCUACAACCUCAACAAAGAAGAUGUGACUUCCCACAGAUAUAGCUAUUUAGGGUAUGCAGUGACUGCUGGGCACUUCUCCUCCCCCAACACCAUAGAUGUGGCCGCGGGCGCCCCCCAGGACAGUGGUGGUGGGAAGGUGUAUAUUUUUAGAAUCGAGGGAUCAUCACUGGUGAAGACUUUUCAAGCCUCGGGGAAAAUGAUGGGCUCUUACUAUGGCUCCUCCCUGUGUGCAGUAGAUCUGAACGGCGACGGGCUCUCAGACCUGCUGGUGGGGGCGCCCAUGCACAGCCAGCAGAGGGACGAGGGUCAGGUCACCGUCUACCUCAGCCAUGGCAAUGGAGCCAUGGAGGAGACGGCGGUCCUCAGCGGGGACAAUGCUUAUAACGCCCAUUUUGGAGAAUGCAUUUCUGCCAUCGGAGACAUCGAUGAUGAUGGUUACCAAGAUGUAGCAGUCGGGGCCCCCAAGGAGGACGACUAUGGCGGAGCCGUGUACAUUUACCACGGGGACGCCAGGGGGAUCACCAUCAAAUACUCCAUGAGGCUGUCUGGACAGAGCAUUAACCCCGGCCUGAGGAUGUUUGGCCAGUCCAUAUCGGGGAAUGUGGACAUGGAUGGAAACGGCUACCCAGACGUGACCAUAGGUGCCUUCAUGGCAGACAGCGUGGUUCUGCUGAGGACCCGGCCCGUCAUCACCGUGGAGGUGUCCAUCUUCCUGCCUGUGUCCAUCAACAUCACGGUGCCGGCGUGUCACGAGGGGCCUCAACACCUCAACUGCUUCAACGUCACUGCCUGCUUCCUCUUCAGGGGCAAACAGGUUCCUGGCCAGAUCGAGUUGCUGUAUAACCUCACGGCUGAUGUGGAUAAGCGGCAGAAGGCCCAGCCGUCACGGGUCUACUUCACGCACAACCGAGAGCAGACCACCGUCCUGAGUCAGUCCCUCGGCCUGGACGUCAACCGGCAGGAGUGCCACCGCUACACGGCCUACGUGCGGAAGGAAGUGAGGGACGUCUUCGCCCCCAUCGCAUUCGAGGUGGCCUACAGUCUGGGGAAGCACGUGCUGGAGGUCGGGCAGGACCGCGAGCUCCCUGCGCUGGACCCCGUGCUCCGCUGGAAGAAGGGCGACAAGAUCGCCACCAGGAACGAGACGUGGUUUGAGAAGAACUGUCUGUCGGAGGACUGCGCCGCCGACCUGAGACUCCAUGGGAAACUGCUGCUGUCUGGGGCCCACGUCAUGCCUCAUCUGGCUCUGGGAGGAGUGCGAAACGUCUCUCUCAAUCUGACCAUCUCCAACGCCGGCGACGACGCCUACGACACCAACAUCUUCCUCAACUUCUCCACGGAAGUCCAUUACAUCAACUUCUGGCAGCGGGAAGAGAAGGGCAUUUCCUGUGGACUUGUUGAGCUGGACUUCCUCAAGUGCAGUGUGGGAUUUCCCUUCAUGAGGGCCCAGACCAAGUAUCACCUUGCUGUGCUUUUUGACACAAGUCACCUCUCUGGAGAAAGUGAGACCUUGCAGUUUUUAGUUCACACAAGGAGUGCAAAUCCAGAGCACGAGAGCACACUCUUUGACAACAGUCUAGAGAUAUCCAUCCCGCUGGUGCACGAGGUCGACACCACCAUUACCGGUGUGGUUUCCCCCAAAUCUUUUGUGUAUGGAAACUCCAUCGACGCGUCUCGCUUCGUCCAGUUAGAGGAUAUGGAGUGCAACUUUCAGCCACUUAACUUCACGUUCCAGGUUGUGAACAACGGCCCGAGUGGACUGCCUGGGUCCGUCGUCCACAUCAGGAUCCCCAACCGGUUGGCGGGUAAUGGGGCUGACAUGUUCCAUAUCACGGACACUCAGGUGGGCGACGCUCGAGGAAACUGCACCCCACACCGGAACCCCGCCCCCUGCACCAUCCCCCAGGACCGGGAGAACAUCUUCCACACCAUCUUCGCCUUCUUCACCAAGUCAGGAAGGAGAGUCCUGGACUGUGACCGGCCCGGACGAGCGUGUCUCGUGAUCUCGUGCACUCUGGGCUCACAAGCCAAGGAGGAGGCUGUUAGCAUAGAUGUGCACAUGCUACUGAACACAGAGAUCCUGAAGAGGGACAGCUCUUCUGUGAUCCAGUUCGUGACCCGAGGGAAUGUUCGUGUGGAUGACAGGGCCAUUGAAGUAGCCCACGGCCAACCAGAAGAGAUAUCACUGAUGUUCGAGGCGCUUCACAGUCAGGAGCCAAGAGGCUACGUGGUGGGCUGGAUCAUCGCCAUCAGCCUCCUGGUCGGGAUCCUCAUCUUCCUCCUGCUCGCCGUGCUGCUGUGGAAGAUGGGCUUUUUCCGCCGCCGCUACCGAGAGAUCAUAGAGGCCGAGAAGAGCAGGAAGGACAGCGACGAGAGCUGGGACUGGGUGCAGAAGAGCCAAUGAUCAGCGGGGGCAGGAGGAUUACAAUGAAAGCCAAUGAGCUCGAGCAUUGGACUGCAAACGAUCCAAUGAGCUGCUGCCUUUGCCUCGGCCAAUCCUGUGCGCCACGGGUCCGCCAGUCUUCCAUAUGUGGAAGAAAUGAAUAAUUCUCCUAAUUUUUCGGAGGUUUGACACUUUUCUUGUGUAGGAGGAAAGCUAACGGAGGUGAGAGAUGUUUAUGUUGCUGUCCGACCGACACAUGGGAUUGGAAGUCCAUUUCCCCCAGUGGAGUUACGUUCUUGCCAAAGGGACUGAACAGACUGACUGACUGAAAAGUGACAAUGGCUUCGUCAAUCAGAUGUGGACAUCAUGUCAGUUUCAGCAGAAAAAGUUGAUUGAUUGAUUGAUUGAUUGAUUGAUUGAUGUAUUGAUCAUGUCAGUAUCAGCAGACAAGAAGGAAAAAACCCUCAGGGCGCUGUUUCAGAGCUAAAUCUAUUUUUUAUACAUGUAUUCCAUAUUGUAUAGAGAAGAGCUUCGAUGGGGCUUGGAUUGUUUUCAAGUCCCUGGGAGUCAUAUCCUAUGUUUGUUUUUUUAAGAGCACUGAUGACUGUUGUAUGCCAAAGAGUUGAUGCUAUUCUUCCUUUUUUAUUUUAACCUUACCAUUAGCACAUUUGAAGGAAGAUAUUAUGUACUGCCCUUUCCUAAGCCAAAGAGUGAAGUCAAGAUGCCUGGGACCUAAAAUGAAGAUGUGUAGACCUAAAAUGAAGAUGUCUAGACC